UCCAAAGGCCGCGGAAACUGGAGCUUCCGGGAAUCGGCGUCGUGCGUGAUGACGCAGUACGUUCGAAGACGUGAGGACGCAGGCGGAUCGUAGAGAGCGUUCAGCUGUCUGGGUUUCUAAAACCUGACCACAUCUCCCCUCACUGGACUGUGUUCCUGAUACCAAACCAUGCAGCGGAGAUCAAGAGGGGUUAAUACUGGGCUCAUUCUGCUGCUUUCUCAAAUCUUCCAUGUUGGGAUCAACAAUAUUCCACCAGUCACUCUAGCAACCUUGGCCCUCAACGUUUGGUUGUUCCUGAAUCCUCUGAAGCCACUGCUUAACUCCUGCCUUAGUGUGGAAAAGUGUUACCAGCAAAAAGACUGGCAGCGUUUAUUGCUUUCUCCUCUUCACCAUGCGGACGAUUGGCAUUUGUAUUUUAAUAUGGUGUCCAUGCUCUGGAAAGGAAUCAAUCUGGAGAGAAGACUCGGAAGUAGAUGGUUUGCCUAUGUCAUCAUCGUAUUCUCCAUUCUCACUGGGGUGGUGUAUUUGCUCUUGCAGUUUGCUAUUUCUGAACUGAUGGGUGAGCCUGACUUUAGAAGGAACUGUGCUGUUGGUUUCUCAGGAGUUUUGUUUGCUUUGAAAGUUCUUAACAACCACUAUUGCCCUGGAGGCUUUGUCAAUGUUUUGGGCUUUCCUGUACCAAACAGAUUUGCUUCUUGGGCAGAACUUGUGGCUAUUCAUUUCAUCUCACCAGGGACUUCCUUUGCUGGGCACCUGGCCGGGAUUCUUGUUGGACUACUGUACACUCAAGGGCCUAUGAAGAAAAUCAUGGAAACCUGUGCAGGCAUUUUUUCCUCCAAUAAUAGUUACCCAGGACAGCAGUACUACUUUAAUAGUGCAGGCCACUCUGGAUAUCAGAAUCAUUACUCGUACAGCAGGCCAGGGCUCUAUGAAGACGUUCCCAGGAACUACGAUGUAUACACAGCGGGACUGAGUGAGGAGGAACAGCUGGAGAGAGCGCUAAGAGCCAGCCUCUGGGACCAAGGAAAUACCAGAAAUAGCCCACCUCCCUAUGGGUUUCGGCUCUCACAAGAAGAAAUAAGGAGACAACGGCUUCAUAGAUUUGAUGGACAGUGAGGUGGCACAGCAUCUUCAGAAGAUGUGGUCCAGUUAUGUAAUUAUUGCCCAUUCGCUUCAUACUCCCUCAGCCCCUACUUAGUUUCAAACAAGAGUACACCAUCAUCCUCCCACAUUGCUCAUGCGUGCUAUGGACCAUCACCCUAUGGCCCCUGGUGAGUCCAGGCUCACAGCCAGAUUGACUUGUCUGGAAACAAGGCUUGUCAAAGGCAGCUCACAGCUUUCCAAGAGUGGCCUUGUUUUCUGUCCUAAAUCAAAGGUCACAUCCUCAAUGCUGGGACCUGUUUCCACACUCCUUCCUUCCCUUGUUACUCAGUGGUGCCUCUGUCUUAUUUUAAUUUUGAAGACUUGAACUUCAUCAAAAGGUUUUGUUUUCGCCAGUUGGGAAGAUCAUCUCUCAUUCUUCCUGGAUUGCUUGAUGCUUGACUUGACAGAAGGCCCUGUCCCCUGGUCCUCCUGGCAUAUUGCCAUGGUGACCACUGGGAAGAGGUUGUGUCUAUCUUCUAGUCUCCUCACCCAGGCACCUCUGCUCCAUAGGCCCCCAAGUCUGGAUGGUGCUCAGAGUGUAUUUGCUUUGUUCUUGUAUUCUCGGCCUCAUGUCCAACUGAAGAAAUGUGAAAACUUCAGGUGGAGAAAACACCCAUGCAGUCCAUUAAAUGUCAGGUGAUGCCAGCAAUAUGGGUUCACAGCCAUGCCUCUGGGGGCAAUAUGUGUAUGUGGGAGACAGAACUUGUCUUUUAACUAAUCAGAAAAGCAGCAGCAGGUGCCACAUACAGGGCAGAGUGAAGGCAUUCAGUGCAUUGGUCACUAGAAAUCCUUCUUUCUGGAAGUAUUUAUUUCCUCACAAUUGGCCACUAUACCAGUUGUUUGUCCUGGACAGGUGUCCAAAACAUGUCCCAGGGCCCUGCAGUGUUCUAACACACAGAUUGUCCGAGUCACUUAAGGCAUUUCCUGGUGCUUGUUUCAUGAGUAAAAGGACAAAGCCAAAAUAUCACUACUGUCUUAUUGUCAUAGAGCUCUUUCUUUUUAAAAAGAGUUAGAGGCAGAAAAAAAAAAGGAUCCUAUUUUUACUUAUCUAUCAUUCAUAUCUAGUAUUCUGACUAUGAAAACUAGUCAGAAAAAUAGAUGCAUCUUCUAUAUGCAUAAUGCAAAAGUCUAGAAAGAAAUAUUCCAAAUGU